GGCAGCGGCGGGGAGAGCAAUGGAGGCCGCGGGCGCCUGAGAGCUGGCCGCGCUGCUGGGGCUGCUGCUGCGGAGGCUCGGCGGGCUGGGACAUUCCCGGGACGCGCGUCGUCGGUCAUCACUCCCUGCACCGUGGCGCCCGGUGAAACCGCAGUUCCCAAGAGCUGUGAUCCCCAGGGUGUCCCGGUGUUGCAUCCCGGUUCCUGACACACAUACCCCCAAGGGCGGGUCUACUUCUUUGCAAGAAGAAAGGUUUGGUGGAGAAUUAUCCAGCAACAAUAGGAUCUGUGUCCCUUCAGAACGACAAGAAGAAGGGAGGCAAGUUCCAGCCUUUUAAGAAGUUGUUUGGCAAAAGGAAAAAGAAGAGCACCCUACUGUCCUGGGAGGGACCAGCUGAGAGGCAGAGGCACGCUCCCCAGGGCGCCAGCAAUGGGACCUUCUCCUCAGAUGAGGAGCCCCUGGAAAGCAAUCUGAGGUCCUCCACCCGUUCUAUGGGAGCACGGGCCUUCUCCCAUGACAGUAUUUUUAUCCCUGAUGGGGGAGCAGAAAAUGAGCAGACAGUUCAAGCAAUGUCACAGGACAACAUCCUGGGCAAAGUCAAAACUCUUCAGCGACAGUUGGGCAAGAACAUCAAGUUUGGGCAGCGGCCAUCGAAUGCCAUUCCCAUGAAGAAGGCGGGCAGUGCGGACGCUAGCUCUGAUGAGGACUUCUUCCUGGCCAGUCCCAUGGAAAUUGUGACUCAGCAGGACAUUGUCCUCUCAGACCCAGAGAACAAAUCUAGUGACACGCCAAGUUCCUCCAGUCCUCUGAAUCUACCUGAAGCCAGAAGUGAGAUGGAAGAGAAGGUUGCUCCAGUUAAACCCUCUCGGCCAAAAAGGCACCUCUCUCCUGCUGGCACCAUUGAAAGUGUCAACCUGGACGCCAUCCCCCUGGCGAUUGCUCGUCUGGACAACAGUGCUGCCAAGCACAAGCUCUCUGUGAAGCCAAAAAACCAGAGGGUGUCACGGAAGCACAGGUGGCUUUCCCAGGAUCGUCAGAAUGAGCCAGGCAGCUUUGAGAGGCAGCCUUCCCUGGACCAGAACGGGCAGCCGGGAGAAGACAAGCACAUUUGGCAUGAAGAGGAACCAGAACCUCUGGAUUCCCGCGAAGACAAAAGACUCCAGGAAGAGUAUUGGCGGGAACUUGAAGCCAAGUGCAAGCGACAAAAAGCCGAGGCAGCUGAGAAGAGGCGCCUGGAAGAGGAGAGGCGGCAGGCACUGGAGAGGAGGCUUUGGGAGGAGAGUCUCAGAGAGGAGCUGCUGGAAGAGGAGGAAGGCAAGGAGGAGGAGCUGCAGCUAGAGGCAGGGAAGGCACCUCCAGGCGAAGGGCAGCAGUCUGGUCUGGAGGAGCGGGGAGGUACAGAGUUGGGGGAAGCUGAUGGCCCCGCGAGCCUGGAGGCUGAAAAGCGUAGGCAUGAGCAGGAAGAUGCUGAGAGGCAUGAGGAGGCACUGAGGCAGUGUGAGGCCGAGAGGCAGGAAGAGGAGCUGAGGCAGCGGGAUGCCCAGAGGCAGGAAGAGGAGCUGAGGCAGCUCGAGGCCCAGAGGCAGGAGGAGAAACUGAGGCAGCUUGAGGCCCGGAGACAGGAAGAACUGAGGCAGCUCGAGGCCCAGAGGCAGGAGGAGAAAAUGAAGCAGCUGGAGGCCGAGAGGCAGCAUGCUCAGGAGGAGGAGGCCAGGAGGAUGCUGCAGGACCUCAGGCAGGAAGAAGAGGAGGAGGCCAAGUGCACAGAAGAGCUGAUAGGGUGGGAAAUGGAGGCGCAGGGCAUGGACGAAAGCCCGCGGAGUCCAGGAGAGAGCCAGCCUCGGCUAGCGGAGUACACUAAUCAGCAAAGCCCAUUGCAGCGGGACCUUGAGAAGCCAGAGGAACAAGAAAACCUCGAAUCAGUGGGACAGAAAGAGAUGGCCCAGGAGCAGAAGGAAGAGGCUAAGAUGACCAGCGAGCCAGAUGGGCAGAGGGAAGACUUGGGCACGGAGUGCAGUGAUGUAGACGUGGAAGGGAGAGAAGCCACUCAGAUAGAUAUCCCCCUGCCACGAGAGGUGCAGAUGGGCAGAACGCUGGCCUCAGAAGACAAGAACGAAGCUGUCGCUGCAGAUAAGGACCGAGAUGUGGAGGAGCUCCGGUGGCAAGAGGUGGAAGAGCGGCAGACUAUGCCCCGACCCUACACAUUCCAGGUGUCCUCCGGGAAUAGGCAGAUUGUCUUCCCCAAAGUCAACCUGAGCCCAGUGACACCCGCCAAGGACGCAAGCCUGGCUCCGGUGGCCCAGGAACCACCUGUGCCCAGUGGUGCCACCCCACACGCCCUGCCCUCGGCGCUCAGCAUCCCACACACGGCCAUUCUGGUCACUGGAGCGCAGCUCUGCGGCCCAGCGGUCAACCUGAGCCAGAUCAAGGACACGGCGUGCAAGUCCCUUCUAGGCCUGUCAGAAGAAAAGCGGCAGGUGGAUAUCCCCACGGUGGAACCCAGGGCCACCAGCAGCAAGGCCAGGCCUCCCCCGGAGUCGCCGAGCAAUGCCACUGCGCUAGCCGAGUGGGCGUCCAUUCGAUCCAGGAUCCUGAAGAACGCAGACGGUGACCAGCGUGGUGACAGAGAGCCGGCCCAAGCCGGGGACGAGCCCACUCCCCGAGCGCGGUGCGAUUCCCGAGGGAACAUGCGCAGGACGCAGCCAGUCAAGUUCUCCAUCAUGCCGGCCUGGCAGAAAUUCUCGGACGGAGGCACAGACACUUCCAAACAGAGCCUGGACGGUGGUGAAAGCAUGAGGAAAAAACCCGGGCCAGCAGCAGGUGAAGAAACAAUGUCUCAGCCUCUGCCUGCGGCUCCGGAGCCUCGGAAGUGCCUGGAGAAGCAAGAGGUGCGCCAGGAGACACCAGACACCACUGACGGAUGCAAAUUUGCCAAAGACCUUCCAUCUUUCCUCGUUCCAGGCCUGCCUUCUCCGCAGAAAUCUGCUUCCCGCACAGGGCCCACGACCACUUUGGACAGUGAGACCGCGAGUGAUGUGGGAAAGCCAGACCUUGUGAUCUCAGGAGGUGAGGAAAAGGCCUCGCCCUUCGGAAUAAAGCUGAGAAGGACCAACUACUCCUUGCGCUUCCAGUGUGACCAGCAAGCCGAACAGAAGAAGAAAAAGAGGCACAGCAGCAUGGGAGACACUGUGGAUGGUGGCACUCCCGCAACCGGGAGCGACCCUGGAGAGAAAGAGCCUGAAGCUGUGACCCUCAAGCCUGGCACAUCCCAUCCCCAGGAGAAAAAGCCAGCCCUAGCCCCUCGAAGGGACUCUGCCGAAAUCCCUUCUAGCAGUCACUCUGUUGCUGUAGCUCAGUCAGGGCUGCCACAAGGUAGCCAGACCCCAGCUCCAGGGCAGGACAAGGCAGCAAGCAAAAUGCCACCAAUGCAGAAGCCGGCCCUGGCUCCCAAGCCUACCAGCCAGACGCCACCUUCAUCCCCGUUCUCCAAACUCAGCAGACCUCACUUAAUAGAGCUGCUUGCUAGGCGUGCUGGGAAGGUGGAUUCCGAGCCGAGUGGGGCGUGCAGGGAGAGCCAGGAGAGCAGUGAUAACCAGCCACCCUCACCAUCACUGCCGGAGGAGCUGAAGGGACAGAAGAGGGUCGAGGAAGAGGUGCCAUCAGCUAGCCAGCAAGAGAGACCUUCCUUGACUCCUGAGACAGGCAGAAAAGAGAAGCCCAUGCUCCAGAGCAGGCACUCUGUAGAUGGCUCCAAAUUAACAGAGAAAGGUGAAGCUGCUCAGCCGCUGUGGAUAACAUUGGCGCUGCAAAAGCAAAAGGGGUUUCGUGAGCAGCAGGCGACCCGAGAGGAGAGGAAGCAAGCCCGGGAGGCCAAGCAAGCAGAGAAGCUCUGUAAAGAAACUGUCAGUGUCAGCCCGCAGCCCGGAAGCAGAGCCGGUUCCCUGCACAAAUCCGCCACUCCAUCAGAAGAGAAGAAGCCUGAAACUGCAGUGUCCAGGCUCCAGCGCCGAGAACAGCUGAAGAAGGCCAACACUCUUCCCACAUCUGUGACAGUGGAGAUCUCAGACUCUGCGCCCCCAGCACCUCUGGUAAAGGAGGUCACCAAGAGGUUCUCCACCCCAGACGCUGCCCCCGUGUCUACAGAACCUGCCUGGCUGGCUUUGGCCAAGAGAAAAGCAAAGGCCUGGAGUGACUGCCCACAAAUCAUUAAGUAAACAGUGACUCUUUCCCAUGUCUGUGGCCAGUUGCUGGCUCUUCUCUUGCCCUUUUUAUUUAUUUAUUUUUUUAUAUGCGGUAAAGAAACCAAGUUAGGGAAAAGAAGCAUGUUUUAUAGGCUCUAAAAUAAUGUUUAGAAACUGCACUGGUGGUGUUCAUUGUAAAGAGUGUAUUUGCACAACCCUGGGUCCUGGUGCCUUGAGCUCCCCUAGUUCUCAAGAGACAGUUUUGGCUGAGGGACCACAUGAAGCAAAAUCUGCAAAGGAGAACUCAGGAGAGCCUGCCAUGCCCAUCUGUGCCCAUCUAAAUCUGCACAGGAGAGCUCAGGAGAGCCUGCCAUGCCCAUCUAUGGUCCCCACAUAUACAUGCACACCCACGCACCAUUUCAGAUUAUAUCCUUUUGCCAAUCUAUUACUCUUUUUUAUUUUGAUUCUCUACUCUUCUACCCCAAACAUUUACCCUAUGUGUUUGCAUAUGGAACAGUGACAGGUUCACAUGUACAUAAAACAUGGUAUCACUCUCCUGGAUGCAGUGACUGGGAGAAUAAGGAAAAGCUGGCCCCCAGCUCUGUGCCUAUGUCUGGUUCUCAUGACUUUUUUCCCACCCUAAAACCACAACGUAGCAAACCACUCAUACUGACUGAUCCAUGGUGUACCCUGUUACAGCAGUGCCCUCUGUAAAGAGCAAGGACUGUCUGGCCCCGCUGGCUCCAAAGGAACAAACUCUGGGUCAGAGCUGUUGCUGAGGAGACCCCUCAUGUAGCGCAGUGGCUCUCCAGCAGCCCGGGCGGCACUCCCAGAUAGAUCCUGGGAGAACAGGGCCUAGGAUAUAGAUUUUAGGAGAAACCCUUCAGAUGAAUUCUGAUGACAUCCAAAAGUUAAGAACCUGGUGUAACCUAGCUUUUCACGUUAUGAAGAGAAGGCUUGUCCACCCAAAGAUGCAAAUGUGAGACAAGAAAAUAAAACCGUCACCCAAACCAGCCAUUUAUGUACGAUAGUUUAGGUUGUUGGCAUUACAUGCCUCUGAAAUUUCCCCUUGGCCUUAAGGGAAAAUGAACAAGCCAAGAUGUGUAACCUAUUUGUUCUAAGGACUUCUUGUAGAGAAUUUUUUGUUCCUUUCUUGUACUUGAAUAAUUCAGAGUCGAAUGUUCCAAAGCAUUUACAAUGUAGAGCAUUCACCUUGAUACCUUUAAAAGAAGCAUCUCAGAGUUUUACGUGGCCUUGUUAUCAUACACAUGUGCAUACAAGGGACUUGGCAGUGUCAAAGCCACAUGUAUUUAUGUUUAUUUCUCUAGAUUUGCUUUACAUGACACUAGACAUACCAGCAAAUGCCUACAUACUGCUGGCGAUCACUUUGUAUUUCCCGGUGUUGGCAUUGUUUCCUUUUCUAGGUGUAGGAUCUUAGCCCAGUGCAGGGGAUUCCCUCCCUUUUGGUCCCCUGCACUAACAUAUUUUAUAGCAUACAUCACUCCUUUUCCUCUGUGCUUACUCAAUAUGCAAUGUGCUGUCAUUCUGUCUGCUCCACAGAUGACAGGGAUGCUGUUUACCAUAUAGAAACCAUUUUCUCUCUAGAAACAGUGGCUCAGCUUCAUGAAGCAGCUGGCCUGUGUGGUCAAGUGGAUAGCUGUACUAUUGCAAGUUGGACUUAGUAUUAUAUUUACUGGACCUUCCGACUGUUAAUCAAUGUAACUUUUUUGUUGUUACUGCUAUUGUAAGCAACUAAUAUUCCACUGCAUGUUUCCCACACUGGUAUUCAUUUCUAAAUCUUAUGUGUAGACAAUUGUUAGUUCAAUGAUUUCCUCACUGAUAGAACACCCAAAGCCCUAGAGUUACAGAAUGGGAAUCUUCCCACACAAAGCCCUAGAGUUACAGAAUGGGAAUCUUCCCACACAAAGCCCUAGACUUACAGUGCCACAGUGAUUCUUCCAAACUGGCUUCUUCCUCCAUCCUCUUGGCUUUGGCCAGUACCACAGUCAUGGCAGCGAACAGGACCAGAAAUAAGAUGCCUAAGGAAGAAUAGGACUGGGCAUGGUGACGCAUGCCUUUUACCCAGCAUUUGGGAGGCAGACACAGGUGGAUCUCUGUGUGUUCAAGGCCAGCCUGGUCUACAUGAUGAGUUCCAGGCCAGCCAAGGCUACACAGUGGAGACCCCGUCUUAAAACAAAUUAAAGAAAGACUAGUAGAUGCGUUCAUACUGACUCGAUACCAUGAGCCCACACACAGUACAAGAUAUAGCAUAGUUAAAAAUGCCCCACGGAUAUCUUUAAAGAAGAAUCUACCGAGGAACAGGCGGUCGUCAUUCUUGCUGAAAAAGCACAUGCUCAACAUUACAUUUCCAAGUCACCCAAACCUGCACUGAGUACCAAGGAAGUGUUAUUCUGCUUCAGUUGUGUUGCGCUUGUCUGAGCAACAAACUAUGGAAAGUUCUGUGAAAACAAAAGUUCAAGACUUUUUUUUUUAAUGAAUGACUGCUAUAUUAAAUAUACAAGCUUUUUAAAUUUAAACAUACUUCUGACAAGGUUAUAUAGGUGAUUAACCUCUGUUCAUAGACUUACAUAUGGAAGUAGAGUUUUUGUUUACUUUAAAGAUGUUUCAAGUGCAAUUGUUUCUUAUAAAACAUGAUUGAUUACCAUGAAAUUCUCACUUUAGCUGAUCAUCUACAAAUGUAUAGUAUGUAUCCACCGUCUCUUCUCGUGAUUUUAGUUUGCUUAUUUUAAAGCAGCAACAUUAGCUAUAAGUGUCUUGCAAUAUUUUUACCAACAAUAAAAUUAAAGUAGAUACUUAAUAAAAAUUCCUUAGUGUGAUUUUAAUAUUAUUUUGAGAUUUUGGUUGUAUACAGUUUGAAUGUAAAAAAAAAAAAAAUCCAUUAUUUAAGGGAAAGACCUUUCAAUAAAAUACUGA